AAGGAACUACAAUUCCCGUGGUGCACGGCGGCGAAGGCGGUCAGCCCCUCCCCUCCCCGGGUUUGGAACGCUGGUAAUGUAUCAAUGCAGGGGCAUUAUUUCCUGAUUCCAUUUGGAACGUUGGUACAUGGCAACAGCUGUUCGCCAGAAGCAGCCCAAGUACUGCAGGCAAAGUCUUCCUGCAGCGGGCGGACGUCAAUGUAAUUUAUUAUAUUUUGCUGUUGUCGUGUGUGUUUUUGUUUCCAUUCUCCUCCCCUUACCAUUUUUUUAAAAAGGGGGAAAAAAGCGUGUGUAAUACGUAUGGUGCGCUGCUUUAUUAUCCAUUUAAGCUCGAGGUUUGUAUUGUACGUGUCCAAGGCUGAAUGAAAACACCAUACUUUAAUCCUGGUGGAUAAUUUUCUUUUUCUCUUCCAGCCUCCCCGCUCCCCCCCUUUUUUUUAUUUCUCUUCUACAAAGACGCGCAUUAUCGGCGCAAGAAAGCGAAUAAUUGUUGUAAAGGGCUUUGCAUGGAGCAGCUCGGCCAUUGUGAGCUUCUUGGAGAGUUGUAAUUUUUGUUUAAAAACAAGAAUUAAACCCCCUCCCUCCCACUGCGAAAGUUGCAAUGUGAGUUCUUUAACCCGGCGUUAAAGAGAGACUUUCUGCCAUAUUGAAUUCUAUAUAUAUAUGUAUAUAUUUUAGAAAGAGUUCUUUUUUCGUUGUUCGUUGUGGAACUAAGUGCUGCCGCCGGUCUCGAACCCACACACUUGCGUUGAGUUGAUAGACCCGUUCUCUGAAAGGGGGAGGGGGGUGUUUGAGGGAAACAAGAAAAGGGUUUUCAUAAGGAGAGAGGGAGAGAAAAAAAAUGAACGGUUUUAGUACCGAGGAAGACAGCCGGGAUGGCGGCGCCGGGGCUCCAGGAUUUGGCCACAUUUGUUGUUUGGUUGAUGAUGGAGAGAGGUGCAACCGCCCUGCCGGCAACGCCAGCUUCAGCAAGAGGAUCCAGAAAAGUAUUUCACAGAAGAAACUCAAACUGGAAACCGACAAGAACGUUCGACAUCUGUACAUAUGUGACUUUCACAAAAGUUUCAUACAAAGUGUGCGAAAUAAGAGGAAGAGGAAAGGUAGUGAUGAUGAUGGGGGUGAUUCACCAGAUCACGAUGCGGAAUCCCCAGAGGUUGAUUUGUUUCAAUUGCAAGUAAACACACUGAGGCGUUACAAGAGACACUUCAAACUACAGACCAGACCUGGACUAAAUAAAGCUCAGCUAGCUGAGACGAUCAGUCGUCAUUUUAGGACCAUUCCAGUCAAUGAAAAGGAAACUCUAGCCUAUUUUAUCUACAUGGUGAAGAAUGACAAAAUCAGGCAUGAUCAGAAACCUGACAGCAGCAUUCACUGAAACAGACAUUAACUCUGCUUUUAUUGAUCACGUGAUCAUGCAGGGACAGGAGUUCCGCUUCUGAAGUCAGUCGUACUUAAGCAUUUUAUUCUUUAAAAGCAGCAGCUGAAAUUGGCCUGUGAUUAUUUUUUUUGUUUUUUUUACAUAAAAAGAUUUCAAUUUGCAAUUAUGAUUUGGCAGUCUCAGAAUUUUAAUAUCUAGGAUAUGUUAGUUAAAUAGAGCCACAAAAACAAAGCAGGUUCUCUUUUUGUGUAUUUUAUUUUUUGCUCUUGAAUGAGGUCACAUUUUGAGAGAAAAUGACACUUUAAAAAAGUGCUUUGAGGAGGUGCUGCAGGAACUGGAGACCUCUUUACUGUUUUGAUUUUAUUUUUUUUGCCCCUUCCUAUUGGAAGCCACCUGGUUCCAAUUCUGUGCAACCCUGCACAUUUAGGAGAUGGGCAAAGUUGCAAGGUGCAGGAAUUUCAGCUCUGUGCCACAGUAAUGUCAUGGCAACCGCACAUAGCGCGGUUUUUAUUUUUUUUAAACUUGGCUGUCAUGGGAAUUCGUAGCAAGAAAAUUCAACUGGGGGGAAAAAGAAAGCACGCAAUCAAGAAUGUCGUACCGCUUAUUAAUCCUUUUAUUUUGUGCUGUAAAACAUUUAUUCUAGUUGGAAGUGAACUUUUGCCCUGUCUGCAAUACAGUGAUCGAUUGUAAAGUUUGAACUUUCUUGUGCAGCGGGAUCAUAAGAUUGAUUACAGUGUUAAUUUUCCCCGUGUGCACAAAUAUACAAUGUACUGUACAAUGACACUGUCAGAAUUUUUUUGUAAUAUUUACACUUGUCGGCUUCAGUGGGGUUGGGGGUGUGGUUACAGAGGUAUCGGUUUGUUUACUGCUGUACCUUGCGGGCUACUUAAGACCUGAUUGUCAAUUUUGCAUUAAACAGAUGUGCACAAA